ACUUCGCGCUCCAGUCUCGCCCCAGCCGGAAGAGGGAGCGGAAGUGACGUGCAGCCUCUUAUACAAGCUCCCGCCCACUAGAGGCAGAUAAGCUUCCGGUCAGGGCAAGACAGCUUCCGGCAGAAAACCAGACUUCCGUGUCCUCCCCGUAGUCCUUCCGGUCAGCCUCACACGGAGUGCCAGUAAAUUAGCCCCUUCCACGCUGUGCAACAAUCAGUCCCGUCCGGGUAUGAAACCUGACCCAUGACACAUGGUUCCUAGGGGGUUAUGUCCCUCCGUUCCCCUGGGGCUGACUCCCUUUAACUCCAGGGGGGAUUUUCAUAAGUAAUCACCCGCUUCCGUGCCCUGGGGGGGGGCUUUGCUACCCCAUUUCCGGUACGACCCCGCCCCAUCCGGUGCAUCAUGGGAGUUGUAGUUUUUCAAGGCGUGCGGCCGGAAGUGAGCCCUUGGAGACCCGGAAGCGGCGGUAGCGAAGGAAGCGUGAGGAGGGGGGGACGAUGACGGCGCUGGGGCCCGACGAGGAGUUGGGGCUGCGGGCCGCCGAGAUGGAAGACGAGGAGGGCUUGGGGUGUGGCGAGGAGCAGUCGCUGCAGCUGAACUUGGGGGACCUGGACCUCACCUCUGAUGAGUUCAUCCUGGAUGAAGUGGACAUUCACAUCCAAGCCAACCUGGAGGACUCCCUGGUUCAGGAGGCGCUGAAGACUGGCGUGGACCUGCGGCAGUACUCCAAGCAGGUGGAGCUCGAGCUGCGACACAUCGAACAUGCCUCCAUCAAGGACUGUAUCCUGCCCCCCCGCUCUCCGGGCACCGGGCAGGGAGGACCCAAUGUCGGGGAAGGUCCUUGCACCAGGCAGAAAACAGGGCCUGGUUUACGUGCAGGAAUGAUGGAGGGCAGGGGUGUGACCUCCCGCAUCGCAGUCCCCAUGUGCGCGCAGCCCUCGUGUGCACAUAGCCAUACUUCAUAACACCCUGGCGCGGGCCGGGGCGAGUCCCAGGGUCAAACCUCUCCCAGAGAUUCCACAUCCGCACUUCCAGCUGUACCGCUGUAUUGGCUGGGGUGUCUCUCUCCGUGUCAGUGCAGAGGGGUGUCCAAGGGCAGCCCCCUCCCCAGAGCCUUCCUGCUGCCUGCACCCCCAUUUCCUUAGCCGCCCGUGUGUCCUGCAGACACACAGGAAAGCAAGAACAUCACUUCCCUGCACAACCAGAUCACAGCCUGUGACGCCAUCCUGGAGGUGAGCCCCCCGCCCCCGGGUUCC